AUGCGCGCACUGAUUUGAUUCGCUGCGAUGGUGUCGACAUAUAAACAUCGUGAGUGUUUUUUCGUUUGAGCGAUUAGAACAAUUGAAGUCGCGCGUUCUUUGCGCCUAGGAACUAUUCCCGAUUGAAUCGCGGUGAAAACAUUUCAAUUGUUUUCGCGUGUGGGUUUUCGUGUGUUAUUGUUGCCGUCGAUAACGCAAUCGAGGGAUUUGCGCUGUAGAAAAUAAUGGACAUGGACGCGAUUACUAUUUCCAUACAGACUCGUGUGGGCGAAAGAGUUGUGAGCAUGAAUUCAACACUUGUCGAAACCGUGAGCAUCAACUAUGAAGACUUCAACGAGAGCUUCCUCACCUGUGGGACUUGCCUUUACGGCUUAUGGACCGACACGUACGAUGGCAGCGAGCACACGCCGAAACUGCUGCAGUGCUCGCACACCGUGUGCCUGCACUGUCUUACCCGCAUCGCCGCCUCGCAGACACGCGACACCGGCACCUUCAGAUGUCCGAUAUGCCGCGAGCAGAUCACGAUACCCAGAGGCGGCGUUUCGGCGCUGCCACCGUCCUUUCUCGUCAACCAGCUGCUUGAUCUAAUGUCGCGACAACGACGCGAGGUCGUCCCCAAGUGCCCUGUACACAUAAACAAGGAACUUUUGUUCUGCGAAACCUGCGAUAUUGUUUUCUGCACGCAGUGCACUGGCGGUGGGCAUAGUAACGAUAGCUCGGCGAAUUCAGAUAGCACACAGAAUGUUACAUCGGACCAUACUAUCAUACCGUUUUCGAUUGCUAUUAAACGGAUGUCAGAGAUUCUACUUUAUAAGGCUAAUGAGUGUAUGUCCAAAUUGAAUCAAGCUCAGGAAGAUGUGACGAAAGAACUUGGACGCUUGGAUGGUGCCAAGGAUGAUAGCCUGGACCAAGUGAAUGCUAUUUUUCAACAGGUGCAGUCUUUGGUUGAUAAGAGGAAACAGGAAAUGAUUGAGGCUGUGAAUGCUGCCUGUGCAGAGAAACGAAAAGUUUUAGAAGAACAACAUUCAUUAAUCGAGAGCGAAAAAAACAAAGUAAAAGAUGAAUGCCAGGGAUUGCAACACCAAGUUGAAGUGCGUAACAUUUCUCAACGUAUUGAUACACUGACCAAAAAAGUAGACGCUGCCUCGACUUUAGGCGAACCACGUGAAAACGCAUUCCUAACAUGCGAUUUUUCGCAAACUGAAAGCUUAAAACUCAUCGAACAAAAUCUCAGUAAAUUGGGUAAGGUACGCACAUCGACAACGUUUCCAAGUCUGUGCAAAGCACACGUGGAAGAUGAAACCAUUGUUGGUAUUGAGAAUCAUAUUACAUUAACUACGGUCGAUUAUCAUGGCGAUGUGAGGCAAACAGGUGGAGAUCCAGUAGAGGCUAAAGUCGAACAUGAGGAUGGGUCUCAUUUGCCUACGUGGAUUACAGACUGCGAGGACGGUACUUAUCGAAUUCACUUCCGGGCGGCGAAAAGUGGCAAACAUUGCAUGCGCGUUACAGUUUUUGAUCGUCCCAUAAAAGAUGUGGUGUCUUUUGAGGUGACAGAGCAUAAUAACCCAGUGGAAACGUUUGGAAGCAAAGGUAGCGGGAAGGACGAGUUUAACCAACCUGUUGGUAUCGCGAUUGAUGAGAGUGAUAAUAUGGUUUACGUGCUGGACACUGGCAAUAGUCGAAUUAAAGUGUUGAAUACUGAUUUGGAAGUUGUGAAGCAUAUAAGCAAUGAAGGACUUCUAGGUCGCAGUUGCACAGGCAUUGCCAUUUCGAAUGAAGGCUUGGUCGUUGUCAACUGGCGAACGAAAGUUGUCACUGAAAUGACUACGGAUGGUGAUUCUAUCAAAAAUUUCACGUACAACGCUUUCAUGGAACCUAUUGAUGUGGCAGUAGAUAAGAGUUACGGGCAUAUCCUGGUUGCUGACAACGGCAUGAGUUGUGUCUACGUCUUUGAUUCCGUUGGAAAAAUAUUGUUCCAAGUUGGGAAGAAAGGCACGUUUAGUUUGAUCUCAUCUGUAACAGUGGGUCCUCUUGGUGAAAUAAUAGUAGCUGACAGUCGAAUUCAAGUGUUUUCUGCAAAGGGCGACCCCCGGAAGGUUUUGUUCGAAGAAGGACAAGGAAAGGGUCGUUAUGGAGGAAUUGCUGUCGACUCCGAAAAUCGAAUCCUAGCAUCGCGCACUGAGCCAAAAAGCAAGAACUAUGUCCAAUUGCUAUCGCUGACUGAUGAUGAUCCGCCAUACACGAUUGAUUCGCAUGACUCGAAGCUAAAACGACCAAGUGGCGUCGCCGUGACUCACGACAAUCACGUCGUCGUCGUCGAUCUAGGCAAUAAUUGCAUCAAAAAAUAUCGGUACUGGUAACAGCACGACGCACACGAUAUUGCUUGCAUCUACAUAUUUACGGAAAAUAUAUACUACGAAAUCGGCAUUUCGCGAAUGAUGAACACUUAUCUGCCAUAUAUUUUGUAAAUUAGAGUACGAUUGGUACCCGCAACGAACAAAUGCCAUGAUGGAAUAUUUUCGAAGCUAUAAUACGAGUUUGCUUGCGCACGAUGUGAACUUAUUUGCUACAUACAUAGAGGAUAAUUGAAUAAUUACGCCAACAAUUAUUUAAUUGGAUUACAUUACCUGAGUAUAAAAUGUACAUUAGAUAUUUAUAAAUUUUACUGUGAUUUAUUUAGCAUGAUGAAACAAAAAUGAGAAACAAAUGAAAAUCACGCAUAUUAUACAAACACGAAUCAAAUUGUCGUCACAUUCAAUUCUGUAUUCAUGUGACCGCUACUACUACUACUUAUAGCUCCAGCUACACGUGUUCUAUGUCUGAUAGACGCAAAUUCUAUUGAAAUGCUUGUGUGUAUAGCAAAGCAAUGUAAAAAAUAUGUUUACUUUUGAAUCUAUGUACUUAAUUUAUUACUUAUCAACAACAUAUUUGUUAUGGAAAUGUUUCUCAUUUUUUAUAUGAAACCAUUGUUUAUUGUUAAGCUUAAUUUUUUACAUCUAAACGUUUAGUUUUGUUUGUAUUUGCGGCCAUUAUUUAUGCUUUGUUGUAUGAUUUUUAAUUUGCAAUGCAAAGGAAUUGCUUUUUGUUCGAUACGAUUCGGUUUUACUUUAUUUUUCUAGUCAUUAGGAUGUAAAUUAUUUUAUAUUUUUCUUAAUCAUUACAAAGCGCUAGUAUGGCACAUUUUGUAAUACAAAGAGUAAAUGAAAGCAAAUUAAGUGUUUUCUUAUUUUGUAAAUUAAAGAACGCAGUGUACGUUAUUGCACGGUUUUCAUUUUGAGAAACUUAAAGAAUUACGCUUAAAUGUAUAAUAAUUAUGAUCAAAUACAAUCAAACUACGAAAAAUAUAA